AAUGAAGACUUUGUUUGCGCUUUGACUCAAGCAGCUUGAAAUGCGAUCAGACUACAUCACUUUUACUUAGUCGAGCUCUACUGGCUCUACUUUCACUUCUGUAGUAUGCGUCUUCAUAGCGCAGGUUGGAAUGUCCCCACGGUGUGAAGGCCGAAGGCAUUGUCCUAAAUUGGCAUCCGUAUUUGUCGGUAUGAGGAACAGCUACCGUCUAUGGACGAGCAAAGUUUCUAUCGCUAGCGAGAUGCGGGUGGUGAUGAUCCCCGAAACAUACUGUAGGAUGAGGAAGUAAUUGUUUGUAGAGAGCAGUCUUUCAUACAAGGAUUUAUUGCACAUGUAUAAUGCAACCGAGCAUUUGUGCUCUUGGCUCUGUUCAUUUCGAAGGUGAAGUUGUGACCCAUUCAAGUCUACCUAGCUUCAAUGCGACAAUUCGCAGAAGAGGAGACCUCUCAUGGGCAUAAAUACACCGGGCGGUAUCAACUGAGCCCAGGUUGUGUUAUCUAUCAUUAAGAGAUAUGGCUGAGCUGCGGUGUAGAAAAGUUGUGGGUGAGAAAGAACAUCCAAACGGUGAAGUUGACUCGCAGCACACAAACGCAGAUUCUUGCCCUGAGGAUGAGUCGGGAAACGAACAAACGACCAGUCCAGACCCAGUGUCAGAUACAGUUCCAAAAUCGGUCUCAGUUCCAGAAUCAGACACCAUUCUGGAAGAUAAUGUCGUCUCCUCCCCCGAUGGCACUGAGGAGGAGAAUGAGAAGCAGGAGAGGGAGACCACCUCCCCUACCAAGAGACCCAGCAGCAGAUCUGUCAUUCUUCAGCGGCUGGUGAAGGUAUUCUUUGGUUGCCUGGCAGCUGUGACCUGUGGUAUGAUGUACGCUGUGUACCUCUCCACCUACCAUGAGAGAAAAUUCUGGUUCUCCACCCGGCAGGAGGUGGAGCGAGAACUGACGUUCCAGGGUGGCAGUGCAAUGUACUAUUACUACUACAAACACAUGCUCUCAGCUCCCUCCUUUGAGAAAGGUGUAUAUGACCUGCUGCGGGACAACAGGACAGUGUCUGGUCAGACCAUCAACGCUGUAGAGCAGCUUUCCCUCUACCCAGAGCUCAUCACCAGCCUACUCUACAAACUCACUGGGAGUCAGGAUGUGAUUGAGCCAGUGUACUUCUACAUCGGGGUGGUGUUCGGGCUGCAGGCGGUGUACGUCACGGCCCUGUUCAUCUCCAGCUGGGUCAUGAGUGGCACCUGGGUGGCCGGCAUGCUGGCCGUGGCCUGGUACAUCAUCAACAGACCAGACACCACUAAGGUGGACUACGCCAUCCCUUUGAGAGAGAACUGGGCACUACCGUACUUCUCCUGCCAGGUGGCCGCACUCACCGGCUUCCUCAGCAACAACAUCAGCUCCGCCGCAGAGAUGUUCUGUUAUCUCCUGAUGAGUGUGACGACCUUCACGUUUCUGGCGGUGUGGGAACAGAGCCACUACGUGCUGUUUGUGCAGGGCCUUGCUCUCUUCCUGCUAGACUGCUUUGACCUUGUGCAGCCACGCAAGAUGGCAGACAUCCAUAAGGUGUACCUGAGCUCCCUGCUGCUGGCCUACCUGCUGCAGCACCAGAAGAGUGACCUCCUCAGCUGCCCACUGCUCAGCCUGCUCAUGGCAACCCUGCUGGCCAGGUACUUCCAGAAGAACAUGAAGAAGGGCCCCCUGGUGGCUCGUGUGCUCAAGAUCCUUCUCCACUUCUACCUGGUAUUCACCACUGCCAUCACCUUCAGCUACGUGGUGAAGAAAAUUCUUCAUGUUAAUGAGGAUGACUUCGCACUGAAGUUCCUGCAGGUGAAGUUUGGACUCAACUCAACGAUAGAUUUCAUCACCAAUCUGCUGCUGUGUCAGGACGCUUUCCUGUCCCCCACCCAGGACCUCUUCCUGCGUCUGACUCAUGCCUCUGUGCUCCCCUUCUACCUGCUGGUGCUGCUGGUGUGCCUGCUCUCCACCCUCCACACCAUCUACAGGAGACUCAGUGGUGAGCCGAUGAAUCUGAAUCUGCGUCUUGAAGAUGGACGGAUCGGGGAGCAGCCUGAGGUCACCUAUCACGUCUUUCACACUUUGCUCUUCGGGGCACUCGCCAUGGUUUUCGAUGGGUUGAAGUACCUUUGGACACCUUAUGUGUGCAUGUUCGCAGCGUUCGGGGUGUGUUCCCCUGAGCUGUGGAUGACCAUCUUUAAGUGGCUUAGGCUCAAAUCUGUCCACCCUGUGGUGCUGGCUUUGAUUCUGAGCACAGCUGUUCCUACCAUCAUUGGCUUCAGUCUGUGGAGAGAGUAUUUUCCACGGGUCCUGUCAGAACUCUCUGAGCUGCAGGAAUUCUAUGACCCAGACACAGUGGAACUCAUGAACUGGAUCAAGUCUCAGGUCCCCACCGCUGCAGUGUUUGCGGGCAGCCCUCAGCUCUUGGGGAUGGUGAAGUGUUCUGGCUUAACUGUGACCAGUCUACCUCUCUACACAGACAUCAGCCUGCUGAGGAGGAGUGAGAGUACAUAUCAGGUGUACGCCAUGAGGUCCGCAGAAGACGUCUACAAGCUGCUGAUGGCUAACAAGAGCAGCUACGUCAUCAUCGAAGAGUCGCUGUGCAACGAGAUGAGCCCCAUCAAGGGCUGCCGCAUCAAGGACCUGCUGGACUACUCCAACGGCCAUGUUGUUUAUGACAAAGGUGAGAUGUAUGCCUUCUCCAAACAUGGGCGCUUUUGUCACGAGAUCAAAAUGAACUACUCUCCCUACACCAACUACUUCACGCGUGUCUUCUGGAACCGAUCGUACCACGUCUACAAGGUCAACUCAGUCAUCUCUUUUCAGUACUGACCACUGAUGUGUGCUUCAGUCUCGUCCAUCUCCCUCCCUCUCAUCUCUGCAAGUCCUCUGUCUCAACUAGUAACCUCGGAAACAAGAGGUGGACAGAUGACCGUGUUGACUCUUUGAGGAGAGCGAGCACAGUCACAUGUCAAUGUUAUGCUUCUGAUCAGGUCAAAAGAGGAAGGAAUCUCUGUUUGUCACACGAGUAGAAUGACACGCAGAGGAACUACAAUUGUUUAGUGGUGAAGUUGAAUGGUGUUAAGGAUGGAGGGGGGGAAAUUUGCAUUGAGUGGUAUUGUGGAAAUGCCCCUCUAUAAGUGUCUUGUGGGGUGUGUGAAAAAUGGUUGUGUGUGUCUGUGUCUGUGUGUGCGUGUCUGUGUGGAGGGAGGUUCUAUCGUCUCGAAAUCUGUUUAGUUUUUAUAGAGAUUUUUCUUCCCUCAUCUAUUCUUAUAUGAUGUGUGUGUGUUUAUUUUUUUACUAUUAUUAUUUCUGUUUCUGAUUUUUGUUGCUUUUUUUGUUUUUUUGUAUGUGUGCAGAAUUGUACAUUAGUGGUAAGGGUCUCCAUCCAAGAGUUUACCACCCUUAGUAGUGUGCCCGAUUUCCCUGGGUGCUGUUACCCGUGAUCCUCCAAUGAUUUGUGAGUGAGCCUUAAACGAGAUAUGACUUUCUCAUGUUACAUUUGUUAAGCAUAGUUUGUAUUAGUGUUCUUGUGUGCCUGAUUGUGCAUCUCUCUGUUUCUCUUUCUGUGUGUGUGUGUGUGUGUACGCGCGCUUGCACGUGUCUGUCUUUGGUCUCUCUCACUUUGACCCUCGGUGAGUUAGCUGGGGUCUAAGUGAAAUGGAGGGGAAAUCCCUCUCAUAUUGCCUAUUGAGUAGCACAGACUGGUUCUGAGGCUACAGUCUCGCUGAUGACCAUGCCUAAUGAUUAUUACUAUGCCUUUCGAUGUGUUGGGGAGAAUUUUUAAGUACAUUACAAUGCACAGAGCUAUGCUCACAUGCGGUAUGGACUAGGGGGGACAAAAUCACACCCCCUCUUAAUUAAUUGGUUAACAAUGUCCCAAAGUAUAUACAAACUUAAGUCUGUAACUCAUUAGACGGUUGUAUUUUAUUGGUUUUGAAUAGUCUGUUUCUGUAUGCGUAUCAAGGGAGUAAAGGCUUUAAGUGCAGAUAUGUAUAUGUAUGCCAUGCUUGUAAAAACAAGGGUAAUUGAACAGUUUAAGUACUGGAAUGAUGUAGUUUCUGUAUGUUGACCUUCCUGCAGCUCAGUCCCUAUCUUAUUUAAUUAGAGUCCCUACUGAAAAUGGGGGGGGGGGGGGUCUGGGAAGAUAACUUAAGGUCAUAUAUGUUAUAGAAAAAGGAAAUAGCAGCCAUGUUAUUGGUCAGUUAGUACACCCAUAUGUCUCCAUUUGUCUCUAUACCCUGCUCAAAGCACUCUGGUGAGUAGGCAACCUUCUAUGUUAAUUUGGAAAGCUGCAUUAGCUGUUUGUUUAGCGCUUGGUUAAAUUACCUGUAGGAGUUUAAGCUGUUACAAAAGAUUUAUAUCACAAGUUCGGGUUUUAAAGUCUAAAAUGUUGCAGUAUGUCAGGGAAACUGUUCUUUCGUACAUGGUUUCUGUGCUCUUUUAUGGUUUUGAAUUGAAGAAGAUGCUGUGAUGAGGAAUGAGGGGGAAAUACAGUUGAUACAGUGUUGCUGCUAGAAAACUCUGAAAUUAUAUGCCAUGGCCUUUAUUCAUCCUAAAUGUGUCAUGAUGUUUAUAAAACAGGUAGAGUCUAGUCUGUUCAGUGAAGACAUGUAAAUUAAAACUUAGACGUCCAUUUCUCAGUACUGGACAGUAAAUAAAUAAAGCAUAUUUGUCAUUUUCUGUGACCCUGCUGUGUUUCCUAGGGGCUUUGUUAAAAUUGUUACUGGAAUGAUGAAUGAGGGAAGGGGACAUUGUGAGAAUCAUACACAUGAUAACACAAUAAAGCAACAUCGAGUCCAA